UACAGGCAAGGUUCGAAUUAGAUGAGGAGUAUCACAAGAUGGCUGUCAUCAAGCAAAUGGGUUGUAUAUGGAGGGCCUCAAAGUCGAGGCUAGUCAGCCAGAUCAAGAGUUGUAAGAAUAACGCAGAAAGAUUGAAGCUUCGCCCAAAGAAUAUUCCACCGGCAGAAUGGCGCAAAUUUGUGAAGGCUAAAACUAGUGCAGCAUUUGAGGAACUAAGUGACACAUAUAAAGAAAGAAGGCGAAACCAGAUUCCUCAUACUUGCAGUCGAAAGGGGAUGGUCAGACUGGCUGAAGAGAUGAAAAAAGAGAGCUCUGAACCGUCUGAAGUAACUAGACUACAGGUAUGGGUUAAGUCUCGAACAAAGAAGGAUGGCACUGCAGUCAAUACAAAUGCAGCCGAGAAGAUCAAAAAGGCAGCUGAACUUGUUGAAACGGUUUCUCCCUCUUCGACGUCCACAAAUCCCAAAGAAGAUCUCCUUUCUCAGCUACUUGGGCCUGAUAAUCCCGGCCGUUUGAGAGCGAUGGGUAGAGGGAUGAGUCAAACCAAGUUAGCAUGCUUCCAGAUGAAAAGCAAGUUUAUGGAUGAUAUGAAACGAGACCAACUAAGAUUGAUUCAGCAGGUCCAUGAUUUAGAGGAAGCACUGUCAAAAAUACAGAACCAGAAACAAGAAGCUGAAGUCGGAGAGAAUUCUGCGCCAAGAAUAAACUCUUGUUUUGUCUUAUUUAGCAUUUAAAAUAUAUGUUAUAUGUUUACAUCUGUUUUUACAAUUCACCAUUAACGUUUGCAGAGUGUCAACAUGAAAUUACAAAUGAAGUGUCUGUUAUUCGACUGGGCUGGAACGGAUGAAAAAGCUAGUGAAGGACGUAUUUUGUCUGAAGAGCCUGAGGAAUUUGUCAACAGUAUACCCUUAGGCCCAAACUCGUACAAAGUUUUGGUGGAAACAGCGAUUAAGCCAGAAGCUUAUCUUUGGAGACCUACUCGCAACGUCUUUAAUAUGGAGCAAGCAGUUGGAGAGAUGAUUGCAUGGCCUCAAAAUUUUGUGGUUCCCUUUAGCAGCGGAUCUGAACCAGAAGACAUUACGCCUCUGUCCUAAUACUAGCUCUCGGAACUUCUGCAAGCUGCUUGACUGGGCUAGAACUAACGAGGAAGUUGUUGCAGAGGGUCGUUGGCAUUCUCGAGAGCCAAAAGCAUUAGUCAACGGACUACCUCUCGGACCUAAUGCAGUGAAGGUAUUCGUCGAUGUGGUUUUAUGCCCAAAUACCUUCCUCUGGAGGCCAACGACUGAGUUCUUAGAUUUGGAGGAUUCAGUCAACACCUUUGUCGCCUGGCCUGCUAAUAGAGUAAUCUUUGAGGCAAGUCCUGAAACGAGUUCUCCUAUUGCUAACUCUGAAUCAACUCCACCAGCUCCAAUAAAAAAAACCAAUGAAAGCAAUGUCAGAAAGUUCUACUCCUAUAACUCAGGAAUCCAACCAAAUGGAAACGGGGAAUGAAAAUAAGAAGUGGUUGGUGAUGGCUAUUACUGGAAAGAAGCGAGUGAUUGCUGAAGGACGUUGGUCCACAAACGAUCCACUUCAAACAGUACAUUUUGUUCCCUUGGGUCCAAAUGCAGUUAAGGUGUGGAUUGAUGUUGUCAAAGUUAAAGAUGCUUACGUAUGGAGGCCUUCGUCUGAGAUGAGUGCAUGGAAGAUGCAAUAGGAACAGCUAUUGCUUGG